AUGCGCAACGACGUUGCCAUGGUCCUGAGAUACCUGGCCAUUGUGGCAGUCGCAGCAGCAGAGGAUGCCAGAAGACUCAAGUUCACGUUCGGUGAUGUGUCAUACUCUUCCAACGGCGUGAGCAACAGUCCGUUUGGCCAAGUGAACACCGUGAUGAACGAGGCAGAAAGCAAGAUGGUCCAGCCUGGGCAAAUGCCGCAAGAUUCAGGCGAUCCUUUUGAGUCCCUGAGUGACGACCCUUUUGGGGGCGACCCUUUCAGUGGCUUUGGAGCAACGCCCAAGCAGCAAGAGGCCAAGGGCUUUGCGCUCACUCCACAGAACGGAGCCACUGUGCUUCAAGGUAUGAUUCACUCGUUCCUCGCCCACAAGCAGCUCCAGCAAGGUGAGCUCCAGUGCCUUGAGCAAGGCACAUCUGCAAUGGGCAGCCAAGCAGCAGCGGUGGCUCAGAACAUUGUUAUGAUCGGCGAGGAGUUUUUGAGUGUUUCGAACGUGGGGAAAAAGCCAUCAACACCUGGAAUGUCUGCGCAGGCACCGUCUCGUGGACCAGUGAAGUCUGAAGCAGACAAGAAGCUGGAUGAAGCCAAUUCGAUGUUUGAAGAGAUGUUCAAUGGUGCGAUGGGAGCCAGUUCUGGUUCUGCCAGCUCGCAGGGUGCAAAACCUGCACCGAACCCGUUCAACGCAUUCAAAGGUUUCGUGAACCAGGGAUCAAACGGACCUGUGCCUGUAGCGGCGCCGGCGCCGGCGCCUGCACAGGUGACAGAUGCCAUGAACAUGUGGGGCCUUUCACAGGGAAGACGACUCCAAAUGCCCAUGAUGGGAGGCAUGCCUGGGAUGGGAGGUGCAGAAAGCGGAGGUGGAGGCGGAAUGGACCCAAUGCAGAUGAUGGGCGGUGCAGCUAUGGCAGCUCAGUUAGCGAAGCAGGUCCAGGAGUUGGGUGGCCUCAGUCACAAAGUCAUGCAGAGAUGCUUGAAAGGCGACGCUCAGCAGGCGUUGAAGGUGGCUGCAUCACGAGCUCAGAACCCGGCGUGGAUGCAGAAGGCCUUCAUUGCCAACGGACCCCAAGCCCUGGGGCACAUGGCAGAUGCCAUAAAUGCGUACCAUGUUGGCGACGCCCACACGUUUGGGGAUGCUACCGGCAUCGUGAUGCGAGAGAUGUUGCUGAACAACGCUGACAGCAUCCCGACGCAGGCUCUUCCAGACAAGAAGGCGUUGGCCAAUGUCACUGGUGGCUUCAUGAAGGGCUUCUUCGGCCCUGGCAUGACAGCAACUAUCAAGACGCCGGAGGAGCCAAACGGGAUCCAAAUAGACCUCAACAAGUGCGUGGGCAAGAAUGUCGGCUUGUUCCAGUCUAUGUGGGCAUCCGUGAUGCAGUUCUACGGCAAGCAGGGAAUGCCUACAUCGCAGGAGGAGAAGCAGAAGCAGGCCACGCUACUAGCGUACGCUGCCAUGCAGAUGCCGCGUGCUCUGAAGAUGUGCCAAGACUGCACAUCAGGAAGCUACAUUGUGUCUGACCUCGUGGAUGCAGAGGACUCUAGGGAAGAGGUGAAUGUGGCUCCCAACUUGACGCUGGAUCGCCUUCGUCAACAGUUCGAUGCUAGCAGCCCGGAAGCUGGGGCUGGCGGGCGGGUGGGCACACAGCGGAGGCAAUGGGCGGGCGACGACAAGCGCAGAAGGGGCGGCGAGGAGGACAUUCAAGCCAUCAAGGAUGCAAUCGCUGGUAUGGGCAAGGGUGUCGACAUGUCCGUUCACAUCCCGCAGCCGAGAGAAGCCUUCAGCAAGACUGAGGCAAUGACAGACAUGGCACAGACCGUGAGCGGCUAUCAGAAGCUCAUUUCGGACCCUUCUUCUGGAAUCGAUUUCGGGCAGAAGCUUGGAAACAUCUUCCAGAAAGUGGUGGAGAAUGGCUUCUCCCAGAAGUACUAUGUCGAUAGCAACGGCAACCUCAGAAAACGAUUGGUGCAGCUUUCUUCGCAACGUGGGCUGGCAGGCGCUCAAUCCCUGACUCCAGCGCUUUUGGUUCUGGUCGUGGUGUUUCUGCUCUUGGUCCUUGUCGCUGUCAAAAGCCGACGAGCCUUUGCAGGAUGGAAAGAGCACCUUUGCCAGAUGGAAUGCACCGAGUCUGGUGUUUCCCAGAAGAUGAUUCCCCACGACGUGGACAUGGAGGCUCAUGAGAUGCAUGAGAUCAAGCCUAUCUUGGACGAGGCUUAG